UCAUCACCAUCUUGAAGGAAGACGCGGCGUGGGCGCAAGCAAGUACAUACGUAGAAAGACGCACGGCAGCGCUACACCCUGCUCCUCCCCCUCCGCCUGUCUCUUUGUGCCUUUCCCGUUGCGGGGGUGACUUGCGCAUACACCCGAGACCAAAGACCAAGAACCCCCGCCGUGUCGGUUCGCGAUAGCUUCAUCCAUACCAAGUACAGACACACAUAUACACACACAUCCGCGCGGCACACCGGCAGCAAUCCUUCCGCCGCCGCCACCACCACCAUGGGCCGCUUCGACCUCCGCAACAAGGCCCAGGCCGGCGUGCCCUUCUACACGCCCGCACAAGAGCCCCCGCCGGGGACGGCCGCCGAACCCCGCGCCUCGGCCGCCACGCCGACGCCGACGCUCUACACGCCGCUGCGCAUGCGCUCCGUCGAGCUGCCCAACCGCUGGGUCGUCAGCCCCAUGUGCCAGUACUCGGCCGACCCCGAUGGCCACCUGACCGACUACCACCUCGUGCACCUGGGCCAGUUCGCCCUCGGGGGCGCCGCCCUCGUCGUCGUCGAGGCCUCGGCCGUCGAGCCCCGCGGCCGCAUCUCCCCGCAGGACGCCGGCGUCUGGGCCGACUCGCACGUCGCGCCCCUACGCCGCGUCGUCGACUUCGUCCACAGCCAGGGCGGCAAGGCCGCCAUCCAGAUCGCCCACGCGGGCCGCAAGGCCAGCACCCUCGCGCCCUGGAUCGCCGGCGCCGCGGGCAGGGUCCUCGCCGACGAGGCCCACGGCGGGUGGCCCGGCGACGUCGUCGGCCCCAGCGCCGUCCCGUACUCCGAGGACUGGGCGCCGCCGCGCGAGCUUACCGUCGACGAGAUCCGCGGCCUGGUCAAGUCCUUUGCCGACGCGGCGGCGCGGGCCGUCGCCGCGGGUUUUGACGUUGUCGAGAUUCACGGCGCCCACGGCUACCUCAUCACGAGCUUCCUGUCUCCGCUGUCCAACCAACGCACCGACGACUACGGCGGCAGCUUCGAGAACCGCACGCGCUUCCUGCGCGAGGUCGUCGCCGCCGUCCGCGCCGUCAUCCCAGCCGACAUGCCGCUGUGGGUGCGCAUCUCGGCCACCGAGUGGAUGGAGUGGGCGGGCGCCCCUUCGUGGGACCUCGAGCAGAGCCUGCGCCUCGCCCGCCUGCUGCCGGGCUGGGGCGUCGACGUCCUCGACGUCAGCAGCGGCGGCAACAACCCCAGGCAGCGCAUCGAGCGCUCCCGCACCUACCAGACCGACCUGGCCCGGCGCAUCCGCACCGCCCUCCGCGACGAGGGCAGCCCCCUCCUCGUCGCCGCCGUCGGUGGCAUCGACGACGCCGCCUUCGCCCGGGACGUCGUUCAGGAGGGGCCCGAGCAGUCGGCCGACCUGGCCCUCGCCGCGAAGCAGUUCCUGCGCGACCCCCAGUUCGUCCUGCAUGCCGCGCACGAGCUAGGCGUGCCCGUCAAGUGGCCCAACCAGUACCACCGGGCCGAGCCCAAAGAGGUGCAAGACGCCUUCAAGUUGUAAUGUGGUCGGUCGGUGGGCGAGCGUUCCGAAAAGGGGGCCUUGAGCGGGUGGCAAUCAUAUAGCGUGAGACAACUUGAUAGUAAAUA